AUGCCAGCCAAUCAGAAUCAGAUAGCCCGAAGACGUCGGAAGGAAAGUCGCCCUCGGAGACAGCGGACCACCUUCUCCGCACAUCAGACCCUCAGGCUUGAGCUGGAGUAUGCGAGAGGGGAAUAUGUAGCAAGAGCGAGAAGGUGUGAAUUAGCAUCGGCACUGUCUCUAAGUGAAACCCAAGUCAAGAUAUGGUUUCAAAACAGACGAGCAAAAGAUAAGAGGAUUGAAAAAGCGCAUCUUGAUCAACAAUACAGGCAUUUAGCAGCGGCCUCGGGAUUAUUCCCAGCAGUUUUGCCGCCAUCUUACUGCCCCCCGUGUCCAUGCUUACCAGUUCAUCCACCUCCCUUGGAUAAAUGAAUUCAAAAUAACAUUUCAGAUCAGGUUUUAGUGUCGUGAAUCGAACGAAAUAUUGGCAAAAGUUUAAGUUUCAUUUUCUGAUGGAGCCUAUGCUGCUGCUGGUAGGUUAGGUAGAUGAUGAAGGCUAUAUAUAUGGUUAGCUCAUUUACAUGACUGAAGCAGUGCUACUAGACCGAUUUUGAUGAUACUAGGCACAUAGAUAGACAAAACCUUUGGGUAUUCUCAUAGUUUAUUUUACUGUGCUCGUACUCGGCUCGCAGACCAUACGUUGUAUUGAGUAAGUCCAUACCAUACCAUAUUGGCGUUGCUGUCAGGUUUUUAAGGUAGAACUUAUAUGCUAUGACUAUGACCUUAUGCCCGAUAUCAACUCUAGUUAUGUCUGCACAGUAUACAUAUUUAUUUAAGUUAAUUGUGCAUCUCAUUUUUAUAUUUAAUCAAAAUAUAUGUAUAAAAAAUAUAUUGAUUCAAGAUAGUUACUUCUUGUUACUAAUAUUAAAGAUCUAUGUAUUAUAAUGUAAAUACGCGAUACUAUUAGUUUUGUGUGUGUGUAAAAAAUAAAAGAUAUACAUUGUUGUGGAAUAUGUUUUAUUCAGGCAAAGUCACUUACCAUGGCCUUUUCCACCAGCGGCUCGUCCACGUAUAGAAGAGUCCAUGGAAAA